AUGGGAGGUGCACGAGAGUUCGCCCUUGGCAUUCAUCACUCGUCCAUUGGUGUGAAACGAUGCCCGACUUUCUCUGGUCGGCAGAUAGAAAAUCUUGCCAGCAUUAACUCCAUCAUAUUGCAAGACAUGCGGUAUAUUGAGCCAUCAGCGAUUCCAAUUCAAAAGGAACAAGAAGCUGAGAAGCAGAGAAAAACACCAGUGGCGAUAAGAAAUGCAGCAAGAACGAGGAGUUCGUGGACUGUGGCACGAAAUGCGAACCAACCUGCAACGUGGCUCCUUCGCCAUGCACUGACAAAUGUGGCCAGAGUGGGUGUCAAUGUAAAAGCGGCUAUAAAAGAGGAGAGAACGGCUGCAGGCUUCCUGGACCGGAUUGCGAGUAGCAGAGAUUGUUUUGCUGAGAUAUAUACAUAUCAGGCAGAAGUUGGUUUAUUGCAAGUUGUCGCACCGCCAUUACCAGCGAGUGGUGCG